CCCUAAUAGGCUACGUUCUAAGCUCCUUUGUAAUUGUGGAGCAAUGUACCAGGCUAGUAGCCAACAAAAAUGAUUAUUUGGAAAUUUCUUACUGUUUACCAGAAGUCAACCUUGAAGUUUAUGCCACAUUACAGACUGAAUAUUUACUGUGCUUGAAUUUGAGUCAAAUAAUUGGGCUGAGACAAAUACGUAUUUCUGUGCUACCCUUGCAUAUAAAUACAAGGCUGCAGUCAUUCAGCAUAGAGACAAGAGGCUGAAGAAAGAACAGAGAACAAAAGAUUUUACAGGAUAAUCAUGGACAGCAGAAUCCUGUUUGGUGUUCAGCUUAUUGCUGCCUUCAUUUGUUUCUGCAGCUGUAGUUUGGAAAAGUGUCAUCUGUCUGGAAAAUGGGAAAAUCAGCACAAAUCUAUUUUAACAAUAACAAAUGUUAAAGAGAGUACUGGUACCCUUAUGGGUAACUAUGUAACAAUAGUAUCUGUGAAAGGAAAUGGAACAACAGCAAAUCCAGAGUCUGCCCUUUAUGGAGUUCAAGAUCGAGGAGAACAACCAACUUUUGCCUUUACAGUCGACUGGUCAUUUGCAGAAAGCAAAACUGCUUGGGUAGGACAGUGUUUUGUGGAUAAUAAAGGAAGAGAAACACUUGAAACAGUUUGGGUACUCCGAUCUAAGGUUGAUAAACAAAGUGAUAACUGGAAAGCAACAAGGGUGGGGAUGGACACCUUUAAACGAGUCCGUAACCGUCCUGUGGAUUUCACAGCAAGAGUUUCUGCUGAAGAUGGCACACUGUAAAGAAAUGCAUGUUCAUUUCGACACAAAAACAAUGGAUCAAGACAAAUUCAAUCUACAUUGGCAAAAACUGUUUCCAUUUAUUUAGCAUUGUAAUAUAUAUUAACAAGGAGUACUUUGAAAUAAAAAAGAUGCAACUGACAACACGUUGUGAAGUACUUCAAGUUAACAAUAAUCACUGUCUGUACUACACAUUGGUAAGAACGUGGGGCCACAAAUGUAUUUCAAAGGGUCUGUUCUGCUCUCCCCUAGAAAUAAUGUUGACCUUCAGACUUGAAUAUUAAAAUAUUGUAUAUUGCAGGAUAAGCAGAGAGCUGUGAUUUUUGAAUAUUAUGUUACUUAGAAUACCAAAGCUGAAGAUGCUAACUGUUAAUAAAACAAUGCAUAUACUGACUUUA